AUGAAAAGUGGAUCUUCAUGUGCAGAAGUUGUACGUUCAGUGCUGCUGGCUAGCUGUGACGGCUCAAAAACUAACUUACCCGACGUCAAUGUCUUCCUGGAUUUCGAGCAUGCUGUACCGUCGGAAUCUGAAUUGCAAAUCUACACCUUUGCUGAAAAGAUCUUGGAGCAGGCAGACGUGUUGCUAGAGGACGUGAAACAUUAUUCAACUGGUGCAUCGGCUGAAAUUCGCAUCGCCAUACAGCAACCGAACAAUAAAGAUGCUCAACGGGGAGCACUCGAUAUCUUGAACAAGCUUGUGAUGCAGAUUAGGGCCUACUAUGAUUUAUCACAACGCAUUGAACAGAUUAUACCGCUGCUGCUGUGGGAUCUUUGUUCAGGUCCUUUGCCGCCGGCGGAACAGUUGGACACACUGCAGGCAACUUGUCGACAGUUUGCCCGUCUUAUAGACUUUGCACUUUCAUUUGAUACUGUCAAAAUGUGUACCCCAGCACUGCAAAACGAUUUUAGUUUCUAUCGUCGAGCAAUGUCACGAGAGAGUGACGGACAGUUCGUUAUACCUUUGGAACUGGCCAACACCAUAUCAUUGUUUUUGGCCUGUCCAACUCCAAUGCUUUCUGCACUUAUCACAGCUACAACUAAUUUUGUUGCUUCAAAUGGUGACCUCCCCGUUACUAACACUACAGAUACGCUAGCCACUGUUGUGCAGGUCUGCCGAUUUAUGGUGGAAAAGGAGGAGAAUUGGGAACGACUCUCGGAUCAAAAUUUUUCUUUCACGAUGAGGGUUAUGGUUGGAGCGAUUAUACUAUAUGAUCAUAUUGAUGGCACGGGAGCUUUCUGCAAAGAUUCUCCGAUUGAUAUACGAUCGGUUGUGGAACUAAUCAAGACACAAUCUAGAAAUGAAGAGGCAGAGUCGUUAUUAAGCGCUCUACGAUAUACGACAAAACAUCUCAGUGACGGAAGCACACCAAAAUCAGUUCGUGCACUAUUUCCCUAA